UAAUGCAAAGUUAGUAUACACAAGUAACCAAACCUAUUCGUUUCCUAUAAACAAAGGUAAACUUGUUAGUGCAUAAUGAUAGCAAUAUUUUCAUGGGUUAUUUUAGAGGCACAAUGAAGUGGAUUGGCCUCUGAAUCAGAAGAUUUUUGUCUUUUGAGAAGAUAGAUUAUGAAACUGUAAGAUCGGAAACCUAUACAGGUGUUAAUAAUUUAUAUUGUUGGAAUUUAAAGCUGUAAACCAGAGAGGCAACCGUCAUGGUCGUAUGUAUCCUGACAGUCGUUUUAUUUUUGUGUGGAGUCGUCGUUCAAGGAAACACUGUAUAUGAUUCUUGUAACUUCGAGCAAGACCUUUGCGGCUGGACGCAGGACAACAAUACAGAUGACGGAGAUUGGAAAAGAUGGAGAGGACGCACCCCCACGAGUUCCACUGGCCCCUUGUAUGAUCAUACAACACGAACAAGUUUAGGAUUUUACAUAUAUAUGGAAUCAAGUCACACGGCCAAGAAUGAUACAGUGCGCUUGGUGUCACCUUUGUUUCAACCAGAUCAGAGUCGCAGUUGCUUCGAACUCUGGUAUCAUAUGUUUGAUAAACCUUUCAAUUUAGGAUUCAAACAAGAUGAUCAUGUUGGCCAACUGAAUGUUUACAUCCAAGCUAAAGGCUUUAUGAAUUUGAUAUCGGUAUUCAGUGAUCAGGGUAACCAUGGAGAUGUAUGGAUCCAUGGCAACAUGACUAUCCCAUGUCAAACACAACCAUUCCAGAUUAUAAUCGAAGCUGUGGACACGGCUGGCUCUUCAGCGAGUGACAUCGCUUUGGAUGAUUUGAAGUUUUUCCAAUGUGAAGAGGGACAACGCCUUACCUGUCCAACGUCAACCGUCAAAACGACCACAACCCCAACCACAACCACCACGACUAUGGCCACCACAACCACCACCAAAGCCACCACAACCACACCAACCCCCACCACGACAGUCACUCAGAUGAUAUCAACCAUCCCCAUGCAGACCACCAGAGUCAGCCCUACACCUGCAAAACAGACAUCUUUUCCUGCAGUGCCAACUCCUCGCCCAGGGGGUAUUGCUCCAACAUUGGCACCACCGAUACCUACUACCCAUAUCAUUGUCCCCACUAUGGCGCCACCAAUGCCGACGAUGGCCCCACCUACACUGGUUCCUAUGGUGCCCACGAUGAUCCAAACUGAUCCCAUUCAUGCUUGGUCUGCACAUUAUACAACACCCACCACGCCACCGACAAGCAGACCGACAAAAAGUAGCACCACCCCUAACACGCCAACCCCCAAGCUUCACGUAGGCAUAGGAAAGACUACGAAAUCACAGACCAAAAAUCCCAAACAAACUACGCCUACAGGUAUUAAAACAACAGCGCCACCGACAAGCAGACCAACUAAAGGUAGUACCGCUCCCAAUAAGCCAAUCUCCAAGCAACCUUUAGUCCUCGGAAAAAUUUCUACGACCAAAAUUCCGUCAAGUCAAGUCAAUAGUGCAUCACCAACAUUACUGUCUUCUACAAAUCCACACCCUGGGAAGGUACCCGUGACGCAAACACAAUCCCAAGCAAACUUCAAUACGAACUCUCCCUUCACAGAACAAGUGACCUCUGGCUUGGAAAAUGCCACUUUCGACCAGACAACUUCUCAGAGUUCUUCUUAUCGGGUGUCCGCGACAACGGCAUCCAACCAUGGUACCAACCUAGGAAAGAAUGGCGUCGAGAAGCAAACUGGGGGAGCAGGAGGUCAACAGGAUAUCGUUCCCAUAGCGGUCGGAGCCAGCUUAGGAGGGCUGGUCUUGCUGGGUUUAACAGGGCUACUACUCUGGUAUUUUAUAUCAAAAAGAAAAGGACAAAAAGGAGUGAGCCCCAGACCCUCCAUGUCGAAUAUUGAAAACUCACCAAAGGUUUACACAGAGAGCCUUUAAAGACACUAUGAUACGUCCGCUGUUUUUGUGGAGUACUAGUGUUAUCGACCCGAGAAACAUUGAAGGGAAUUAACUUAUUAAUUAUGAAAUACAUGUAGAACCAAACCUUAUCGAGGCAUGGAUGCAAAUCUCUUUUACAACAGCCUCAAUGAUAACUGAGCCAUUGUAUAUUAUUUCUGAUUCUAAUUUUUGCAACGGCCUACUGCUGAUGUAAAUACAUGUGGCUGAUGAGUACGGAAAUGACUCGAUUUUUUCAAUGGGCAAAAAUGAUCCAUCUUUUAGAAACCUAAUUUUGGAAUCAUUAGAGUUAUAUUUCCGUGUAGCAUUUUUGGUGUUUUACCGUAUACAAUAGCGCUUAGAGAGUAAACCUGUUUUUUAAUUUUGUUAUCACUUAAUAGGAAUUUCACUAAUUUUUAGAAUUUAUGACUUUCCAAAAUUCAGUAUCUGUAAAAUUCACAAUUUUCCCCAAUUGAUUACUGUAUUGUGAUUAUAUGUCUACGUAUGCCACGAAUAUCGAAGAAAAUGUCGAAGGAUUCUCAGCAUGGAAUUUAGGGUAUAAAAUUGGCUACAUCUUGGUGUCAAGAAGAAAAUGACUCACCUUAUCGCAGCUUUCAUACUACAUGUAUUUAUGUGCUCGUUUUCAUCAGCGGCAAUAUGUUCAAAAAGUCAUUUGAGAUGGUAACCUCACGGUCAUUAGACUACUUGGGAAAGGACGGCUUAAUUUAAUUCACUAAAUCAAGUCAACGACCGCUCCAUUACUACAUGUAUUUGUAGUGAGCGAUAUAAAUAAAAUAUUGUUACCACUACACGUGCCCAUUGGUGUUUAUAAACUGUGAAAAUUAAUGUGGCUCUGGGUACACCCAGGUGUCGAACUACUUAUUUAUAUUUUUGACUAUAGCAAAAUACAGAUAUCAUGUUCUUCUGAAUGUGGGUG